AUGCAUGCUGUGUGGAGUUGCCUAACAGCCUCAGAUGUUUGGGCUGAAAAAGACAGUUCAGUGAACAAAUGGUGUAGUUCAGAUGAGGUUUUUGUAGAUUGGUGGGUGAAACUGAAUGUUUUUCUCAAAGAAGAAGAGUUGGAGGUGGUAGCAUGUAUUAUGAGAAAGAUAUGGAUGAGGAGAAAUUCUUUCCUUUUUGAAAAGAAUUUUGAACACCUGAAGAAGCUUGUUACCGCUACAACCCAGGGUCUAAAGGAGUUCAAAGCUGCCCAAGAAACUGUUUUAUUACUGCAACAAAAAACUCAAUUGCAAAGGAAGGUGGAUAGAAGUAUGAUUAAAUGGGAAAAAUCAAAGGAAAGGGAAGUGAAAGCAAACUGGGAUGCUGCUGUGGAUGUCAAAAUUAAAAAAGUGGCAAUUGGAGUGGUUGUCAGGGACUUAAAUGGAGAGGUACUUGCCUGUCUCUGUUCUUGCUUUAUUAAUAAUAGUAUCCCGAGUGUGGCUGAAGCUGUGGGGACCGUGGGGUUAAGGAGGGCUGCUCUGUUGUGUACUGAAUUGGGGUUAUCAAACGUGAUCUUUGAAGGAGAUUCUAAGUUGGUUGUAAAUGUUACAAUUAGUGGGGAGGAGAUAGGGGCUGAAUAUGGGAGUAUCUUAGAGGAUGUUAGAAGAGUAAUGUAUGGGAGAUUGAAUUGGAGUAUAUGGUUUAUAUAUAGAGAAGCAAACUGUAUAGCACACAAACUAGCAAAGUUAGCUUUUAAUUUUUCUGAUGAGAGGGUUUGGAUGGAGGAUAGCCCAAUAGAAAUUAAAAAUGAUGUACUCGAGGAGAAGUAUUGUAAUGACUGA